CAUGUUGAACAGCCCAUGGUCAACUCCUCCAAAGUCCUAAACUUUCACUCUCUUGCUCUCUCCGAACUCAGUGUCUCAGGAAAAGUAGUAACAGAGAGCAAUAUGGGUCUCUCUCUCCUCAUGCCAUUGGUUUUCUUCCUUAUUGCUCUCUUUGCUUUUUCAUCUUCGGCUUUCCAAUCCGAUGAGCUUCUCGUCGACGACGAUGAGUUUGGCCUCGAAGGAGGGCUUUACUCAAAGACUCCUGAUCCCGUUCGUACGCCACCCACACCUCCCUCAUCGACCCGGAAGAGGUUUGCGGAUCCAGAAUCCGAUUCGAAGAUCCAAUUCCAGCUCGAACACGCAUUUGGGGAUUCUGAUUUCUCUCCCGCUGGUACCUUCACGGCUCGAUUGAAGACUUGGAAUCAUGGUGGUCAGACUUUAACAAAGCUGCGAUUUUCGAGGAAUGCAUUUUCUGCAGAGGAGAAGGAAAAGUUUUCGAAGCUCUUGCAAGAAGAUGAUUUUUAUACGAUAAGAUUGCCAUCAAAUGUUUUGAGUCCUCCUGGGAGGGAAUUUGUUAUUUCAUCAGUGAAAGCGAGAUGUCUUCCACGAGAUGGCUUGGAUGAGCAUAUUGUUAUCAACACUGACGGUGUCAAUAUCUUGGGUGUUACUUAUGGGUCCCCUGGGGCAUGCCCAUAUCCUCGACAGUUGAAACUUCCUUCAAAGUGGACUUUUAACUCGCACACAAUUUUGAAGAACAGCGAGCAAGCACCAAGGGCCCCAAUUUUUACCGAGGACAUUCUUGGUGGUGAGGGUGGAGAGGGUGAAGCUGCACUGCCCCAAGAAAGGUCUUUCUGGGCUAAAUAUUGGAUGUACCUCAUUCCUCUCGGACUCAUUGUCAUGAAUGCCAUAACUCAAGCAAUGAAUCUGCCCGAGGAACAGGCUGCUGGCCAAGCUCAGCAGCCCACUGCAAUCCAGCGUGGUGGCCCACCUUCUGCUGUGCGGAGAAGAUAGAGUAUCAGCUCAACUCCAUCUGAGGGAAGUUGUAGGUUUCAUAGGUUUUUAACUUGACUUCUGCUUGUAUCAUUAUUUCUGUGGGAAACCAUUAUGAGAUUAUGUAAAUUUUUAUAAGUUGUUAAAUUACCAAUAGGGCAGUUUUAUGCCAACAGUAAAUGCACCUAUUUUGGGAAAAUUUUCAUAACAUUUAAAUGAGCUGCAAAUUGAAGCUUUUUUGGA